CAAGACCUGAGACUUCAGCUUGCAAAAUAAUAUAAAGGACUCAUCAGUUGUGAAGACUUUUUCUGAGACUAUAUUUUGUGGAUGACAUUCAGAAACGUCAUUCAGUAGCAGAUUUUAUUUUUCAUCAGUCUUCAACCAUGAAAUCUCACUGGAGAGGAGAUAAAAGAUGCUGUUUCUCAGUCGUGAGAACAGCCUUCCUAAAUGAGAAAUGAGGUCUUGAACCUUGCUGUUGCUAAAGAUAAUAUCAGAAAAGAUACGUGGGCCUCUCACUGUUGUGGCCUCUCUCUUCCCGGACCGGGGCACGAACCCGUGUCCCCUGCAUCGGCAGGUGGACUUUCAACCACUGCGCCACCAGGAAAGCCCCUCAGUGGGUUUUUGAACGAAUGAUCUUGGCCUGCUGUGAAGAAAAUGGAAUCUAAUGUAAAUCAAGAUGGGGUGCCUAGACCAUCUUAUGUUUUCAGUGCUGACCCAGUUGCGAGGCCUUCGGAAAUAAAUUUUGAUGGCAUUAAGCUUGACCUCUCUCGUGAAUUUUCCUUAGUUGCUUCAAACACUGAGGCAAACAGUUUGGAAUCCAAAGAUUAUCUCCAGGUUUGUCUUCGAGUAAGACCAUUGACACAGUCAGAAAAAGAACAUGAGUCUGAGGGCUGUGUGUAUAUUCUGGAUUCACAGACCAUUGUGCUGAAGGAUCCUCAAAGUAUCCUUGGUCGAUUAAGUGAGAAAAGCUCUGGGCAGAUGGCACAGACAUUCAGUUUUUCCAAGGUUUUUGGCCCAGAAACUACACAGAAGGAAUUCUUCCAGGGUUGCAUUCUACAGCCAGUUAAAGACCUCUUGAAAGGACAAAGUCGGCUGAUUUUUACUUAUGGGCUAACCAAUUCAGGAAAAACUUACACAUUUCAAGGCACAGAAGAAAAUAUUGGCAUUCUACCUCGAACUUUGAAUGUAUUAUUUGAUAGUCUUCAGGAAAGACUGUGUACAAAGAUGACCCUUAAACCACAUAGGUCCAGAGAAUACUUACGUUUAUCACCAGACCAAGAGAAAGAAGAAGUAGCUAGCAAAAGUGCAUUGCUUCGACAAAUUAAAGAGGUUGCUAUGCAUAAUGACAGUUAUGAUACUCUUUAUGGAAGUUUAACAAACUCUUUGAAUAUCCCAGAGUUUGAAGAGUCUGUGAGAGACUGUGAACACGCGAGCUUGAAUAUGGAUAAUAAUAUAAAAUUUUCUGUGUGGGUUUCUUUCUUUGAGAUUUACAAUGAAUGUAUUUAUGAUUUAUUUGUUCCUGUCUCAUCUAAAUUCCAAAAGAGAAAGAUGCUACGCCUUUCCCAAGAUGUAAAGGGCUAUUCUUUUAUAAAAGAUCUACAGUGGGUUCAAGUAUCUGAUUCUAAAGAAGCAUAUAGACUUUUAAAACUAGGAAUAAAGCACCAGAGUGUUGCUUUCACAAAACUGAACAAUGCUUCCAGUAGAAGUCACAGCAUAUUCACUAUUAGAGUAUUACAGAUUGAAGAAUCGGAAAUGCCUCGUGUAAUGCGAGUCAGUGAAUUGUCUUUAUGUGAUCUUGCUGGUUCAGAACGAAGCAUGAAGACACAGAAUGAAGGUGAAAGGUUAAGAGAGACUGGGAACAUCAACACUUCCUUAUUGACUCUGGGAAAGUGUAUCAAUGUUUUGAAGAACAGUGAAAAGUCAAAGUUUCAACAGCAUGUGCCUUUCCGGGAAAGUAAACUGACCCACUAUUUUCAAAGUUUUUUCAACGGUAAAGGGAAAAUAUGUAUGAUUGUCAACAUCAGCCAAUGUUUUCUUGCCUACGAUGAGACACUCAAUGUGUUGAAGUUCUCAGCCAUUGCACAAAAAGUUUGUGUUCCAGACACUUUAAAUUCCUCUCAAGAGAAAUCAUUUGGACCUGCCAAAUCUUCUCAAGAUGUAUCACUAGAUAUUAAUAGUUCAGAUAAUAAAAUACUAAAUGAAAAGAGAUCCACAAUUUCAUGGGAAAAUAGUCUAGAAGACGUGGUGGAAGAUGAAGAUUUGGUUGAGGAUCUAGAAAAAGCUGAAGAAAAGCAAAAUGUGGAAAGUGAAUUUACUGAUGAAGAUCUAGAUAAAACAUUAGAGGAUGAUAAGGCUUUCAGUAGCCAUGAGGAGAAGAGAAAACUUUUGGAUUUAAUAGAAGACUUGAAAAAAAAACUAAUAAAUGAAAGAAAAGAAAAGUUAACAUUGGAAUUUAAAAUCCGUGAAGAAGUUACACAGGAGUUUACUCAGUAUUUGGCUCAACGGGAAGCUGACUUUAAGGAAACUCUCCUUCAGGAACGAGAGAUAUUAGAAGAAAAUGCUGAAUGUCGUUUGGCUAUCUUCAAGGAUUUGAUUGGUAAAUGUGACACUCAAGAAGAACCAAACAAUGAAGAUCAUGCCGUGAAAGCUGAAACUGAAGAAGGACAGAAUUAUGUAGGAAUUGAAGAUAUUAUUGGUUCUCUUCAAGAUGAUGUCACUGAUAUUAAGAAACAGGCUGAAAUAGCUCACUUAUGUAUUGCAUCUCUUGCUGACCCCCAGGAAGCUAUUGCUUGUUUAGAAUUAAAGUUUAAUCAAGUUAAAGCUGAAUUAGCUAAAACCAAAGAAGAAUUAACCAAAACCCAGGAAGAGUUAAAAAAGAGAGAAAAUGAAUCAGAAAUUAAUUUAAAUUCAUUGGUUCAAGAGCUUGAGAAGUCUAUUAAGGACAAUGCUGGUACAUCUACUUUAAUAAUAAACAAUAAAUUGGUUUGUAAUGAAAUGAUUGAAAUGUCUAAGGACAGCAAAACUAAAACCUAUUCAGGAAGAAAAAGAUUAAAUGAAAUUGAACUUCAACAAGAUGAACCACCAGCAAAGAAAGGACCUACACAUGUUAGUCCAGCCAUCACUGAAAACCAAAAGAAAAGUGAAGAAAUGCAAGAGAGCAUUUCAGAAGAUGAGGAAAACAUUAGAGUUUUACAAGAAAACAAUGAAGAGCUGAAAACACGUUUACUCAUUGUUGAGAAUGAACUUAAAAAUGAAAAGGAAGAAAAAGCAGAAUUAAAUAAACAGAUUGUCAGUUUGCAGCAGGAACUCUCUUCUUCUGAAAAAAAGAGUUGUAGUUUUAGUGUAGAGGUCCAACAAAUUCAGUCGAAUUAUGACAAUGCGAUUUCUGAAUUACAUGUGCAGAGAGGCAUAAACCAAGAGCAGGAGGAGAGGAUCAUGAAAUUGUCAAAGGAGAUAGAAACUGCUAGAAGAAACAUCACAAAUAAUGUUUCACAAAUAAAAUUAAUGCAAGCAAAAAUAGAUGAAUUGCGUACACUUGAUUCAGUUUCUGAGAUCUCAGACAUAGAUUUACUCAAUCUCAGGGAUCUGUCAAAUGGUUCUCAAGAGGAUAAUUUGCCGAAUACACAGUUACAUCUUUUGGAUAAUGAUUAUUUGAUAAGUAAGCAAGUUAAAGAAAAUGGUAUUCAAGAACUUGGUAGGGAAAGGUCUUUCCACUCUACUGUUGAAGCCAUUUGGGAAGAAUGUAAGGAGAUUGUAAAGAGUUCCUCCAAAAAAAGACAUCAGAUCCAGGAACUGGAAGAACAAAUUGAAAAAUUACAGGCAGAAGUAAAAGACUGUAAAGAUGCAAACAAUAGACUAAAAACGGAGGAGAGGGAGCAUAAAGAUCUACUAAAAGAAAAAGAAAGUCUUAUACAGCAGCUGAAGGAAGAAUUGCGAGAAAAAACUGUUGGUCUUGAUAUUCAAGUACAGCAUGUAGUUGAAGGAAAGAGAGCACUUUCAGAACUUACUCAAGAUGUUACUUGCUAUAAGGUGAAAAUAAAGGAACUUGAAGCAAUGUUAGAAACUCAGAAAGAUGAAUGUAGCCGUUCAGCCAAGUUAGAACAAGAAAUUAUGGAAAAGGAAUCUAUCAUUUUAAAGCAAGAAAGAAAUCUGAAGGAAUUUCAAGCAAAUCUUCAAGAUUCUACCAAAAACGCCAAAGAUUUAAGUGAAAGGGAAGUCAAAUUGAAAGAAGAAAUCACAAAAUUAACAAACAAUUUGCAAGAUGCAAAGCAUUCACUUCAAUUAAAGGAAGAAGAAAAAGAAACAAACUGGCAAGAAACAGAAAAGUUGAAAGAGGAGCUCUCUGCAAGUGCUGCUCUUACCCAGAAUCUGAAAGCAGAUCUUCAGAAGAAGGAAGAAGAUUAUGCUGAGCUGAAAGAGAAACUGGCGGAUGCCAAAAAGCAGAUUGAGCAAGUACAGAAAGAGGUAUCUGUAAUGCGUGAUGAGGAGAAAUUGUUGAGGAUUAAAAUUAAUGAACUGGAGAAAAAGAAAAACCAGUGUUCUCAGGAAAUAGAUAUGAAACAGCGAACCAUUCAGCAACUUAAGGAGCAGUUAAGUAAUCAGAAAGUGGAAGAAUCUAUACAGCAGUAUGAGAGAGUGUGCAAAGUCUUCACCAGGAGUAGAUUCCGUCUCAAGAAACCACUUUCCUUGUUCAUCCAUAAGAAGCAACUGGUCAUCUGUUCAGAUCUAAGCGUUAAAGAGAAAAUAAUUGAAGACAUGCGAAUGACCCUAGAAGAACAAGAACAAACUCAAGUAGAACAGGAUCAAGUGCUUGAGGCUAAAUUAAAGGAAACUGAAAGACUGGCCACAGAAUUGGAAAAAUGGAAGGAAAAAUGCAAAGAUUUGGAAACCAAAAGCAAUCAAAGGUCAAAUAAAGAACUUGAGGAUAACACAGAUGUACUUAAUAUAAAGCUCAGUAAGCUUCAAGAUGAGUUACAGGAAUCUGAACAGAAAUAUAAAGCUGAUAGAAAAAAAUGGUUAGAAGAAAAAAUGAUGCUUCUCACUCAAGCAAAAGAAGCUGAGAAUCUACGAAACAAAGAGAUGAGAAAAUAUGCUGAAGACAGAGAGCAUUGUUUGAAGCAACAAAACGAAAUGGAAAUGCUUCAAGCACAGUUGGCUGAGAAAGAUGGUAACCUCCAACAGUGGCGGGAAGAACGUGAUCAGCUGGUUGCAGCUUUAGAAAUACAGCUGAAAGCACUGAUCUCCAGUAAUAUACAGAAAGAUAAUGAAAUUGAACAAUUAAAAAAGAUCACAUCAGAAACUUCUAAAACAGAAAAACAGACCAUGGAUAUCCAGCCCAGACAUAUGAGUUCAAUGAAUCCUGGCAGGGUUGAAACUGAACCUCAGUCAUCAAGUUUUGGCAGGGUUGAAACUGAACCUCAGUCAACAAGUUUUGAAAUUUCCAGGGAUGAAGUAGAAGAUGGAUCUGUAGUCCUUGACUCUUGUGAAGUGUCAACAGAAAAUAAUCAAAGUACUCGAUUUCCAAAACCUGAGUUAGAGAUUCAAUUUACACCUUUACAGCCAAACAAAAUGGCAGUGAAACACCUGGGUUGUACCUCACCAGUGACGGUUAAGAUUCCCAAGGCCCGGAAGAGGAAGAGUAAUGAAAUGGAGGAGAGUAGUAUGUUUUCAAGUUGGUGGAAGAGCAGAAAUAAUAUUAACCAUGCUCCUGAGGCUCUCUGUCAGGACUUUGUGAAUUUUGAAAAUAAGAAGAAUGCUACACCCAGAACGAAUUUGAAGUCCCCUGUUUCUGAGCAUGGAAAUUCUUCUGUCAAAAAGGAACAAAAGGUUUCCACACGCCCAUCAUCUAAGAAAACUUAUUCUUUACGGAGUCAGGCAUCCACAAUUAGUAUAAACGUGCCUGCUAAGAAAAAAGAAGGAACGCUACAGAAAUUUGGAGAUUUCUUACAACAUUCUCCAACUAUUCUUCAAUCAAAAGCAAAGAAGAUAAUUGAAACAAUAAGCUCUUCAAAGCUCUCAAAUGUAGAAGUAAGUAAAGAAAAUGUGUCUCGACCAAAACGGGCCAAACGGAAAUUAUACACAAAUGAAAUUUCAUCUCCUAUUGAUAUAUCUGGCCAAGUGAUUUUUAUGGACCAUAAAGUGAAAGAAAGUGAUCAUCAGAUUCUCAAACGACGACUUCGAACCAAAACAGUCAAAUAAAUCACUUAUGGAGAAUGUUUUAAUAUAAAAUUUAUAUUCAUAAUCAUUAUAACUUGCAUCCUGACCUUUUAAAGAUAAUUGUAUAUACUAUGAUGCAUCAAAUCCCUUUGUGUGUACAUUGCUAUUUUAUAAUAGUGUAAUUUUAAUUCAAUAAAGAAAAUAAGUCAACAGUAA